CCUCUUAACGCGCAAAGCGAGUUAAUGAGAGGUUAUCUCAGGUCAGACUAGCUGGACAACAACAUAUCUCGCCAGCGGUACGUAACAGGUGUUUACAAGGAAGGGGCCUGGUCAGGCGAAUUCCUUUGGCCUGGUGGAGAUAUGUUGCGAUGCCAAAUAUGGUAUUGUUCGGACUUCACGAGGAGGCGUGGCCCAAAAAAUGUUGCAUUGCGAAUUUUGGUAGUUCGGACAUCACAAGGAGGCGUGGCUAAAGAUGCUACGUCGCGUUAGCUGACGUGGUAAUUUCGGGAGGGGGCAAAAUCCAAUUUCUAACAAGUUAGCAUUCUUCUUCGUGGAGUCGAGUGGAAAGCAUCUUUUAUCUCAAUUCACCUGUUUUGUGCCACAUACUUCCUGUAUUUUUGUUAUCCGUUCGUUGGACUCUUUAGCUGUGAUCCUGCUAAUUGUCAUUUUAACCCAAUCGUAAAGAACGCUUCGCAGUUGAGAAUUAUUUUCCUUAUCUGGGAACAUACCUGUACAUAUUUUGUGUUUAUAUCCGUUUGUUGGAUCUUUACCGGAUUGAACCUUCGAGUUGUUAGGAGUCACAGUUUGCUCUUAGGAUUUUUCAAUUUCAUCGCCAUCCCGCAUAUUCUAAUCAUGCCUAAGGUUAAGCCCGGCAAAAAGUUAAGUCAGAGGAAGUCUACUCGUCGUUCGGUCCGAGAUGCCGGCAGCCAGCCUUCUCCUGUCGACCUCGCGACAGACGUCGGCCAAGUUUUUAGUUCGACGCAGAGCCCAGCUGCUGGAAGUUCGGCGUCGACAAGCAACGGUGAGUUCGGGACAAUGGGGGGCUCCUGGCCUCUUGUGACUUCUCCACAAGAUCCGGUCAUUCCCCAAAUUCAAUCUCAAGCUCCCCCUUCUAUCCCUCCUGCCCCUGUAGCUGAGGGGCUUAAUAGUCAUGAUAAUUUUACACCAGCCCUCAACCCUCCUUUUCCUACGCAGCCAGAUAUGCUUAGCUGCGUGUGUGAUGAAUUGGGCGGGGAGGUGCCUUCUAGUGUUAAGGAGAAGAUUUGGAAGGGUGAGUUUGUAGAGUUAGGUGGAUUGCUAAAAAGGGAAAGCUUAAGUGAGGAAGGUUCCCAGUUGCAGGCCUUCAGCCUUUGUGCCUCCGGGUCAGCUUUAAUGCUUCGCCCCCAAAGUAAGGCUCCGGUGAUCGCGAGCAUAGAGCAGUGGACAUCUGCGUUCCUUAUUUACGCGUCUAUAUACUUGGAGCGACACUGUAUGCGUGCGCGCGAGCUCCUCAAGUAUAUAGAUAUCGUUCGUUCUAUUGUGCGUUUUGGGGGUUUCAAUUUUUCUUCUUUUGGGGGUAACCAGCCCUUUCGGCCAUACGACCGGUCGUUCCGGCGGGGUAAUUUCCCAUUCUCUGGAUAUGCCAAUAGACAAGGGGCAACUCGGGCCCCUGGCGCCGCGCCUGCCCCCUCCCGCUCCUCACCAGUCUGUUUCGCCUUUAACGCUGGGUCAUGUCAACGCAUUGCCUGCCGUUAUGCUCACCGGUGCGGAAAAUGCUCCUCAGCAGCACAUGGCUCACACGCCUGCAAUUCUGCCGCUGCAGUUGCCAAACAGAAACCUAGCUCCAACUCCAAUUAAACUUUGCAGCAUGCUCCCAUUUCUUCAAAGGCACCAUAAUAAACAGAACGCAGCGUUUCUGAUUUCUGGGUUUAGGUCUGGCUUUUCCUUGGGUUUCACAGGCGAGCGUCGCUCUGUGUUCUCGCGUAAUUUGAAAUCGGCUAGGGAGCAUAUGGGCAUGCUGUUGGAGAAAGUUGGUAAGGAAGUUAGUUUAGGGAGAAUGUCAGGUCCUUUCCAAGACCCGCCUUUCGAUAACUUUCGCUGCUCCCCGGUAGGGCUCGUCCCCAAGCGAAAUCCGGGAGAAUUCCGGCUAAUUCAGCAUCUAUCCUCUCCUCGCG